GGAUGGAGACAUUGCCUGAUAUCAACUCAGUGUAUCAACGAGUAAUCCGUGAAGAGAGUAGGAUUGGAGCUUCACGACCCGAGCCUAAGGAAGCACCAGUUGGGUUUAACGCGACUGUAGGAGAGGAGCAAACGUCUGGUGCAGUAAUGGCUGCUAUGGCUCGAGAUAGGAGAUCGAUCGUGUGCAGUCAUUGUGGGAGAACGGGUCACGAGAAGAAGGAGUGUUGGCAACUCGUUGGGUUUCCGGAGUGGUUUAAUGAACGAGGAGGAAGAGGUGGCAGAGGACGAGGACGAGGCAGAGGUAACAAUCUCAAAGGGAAUGCGGUGCAAGCUGCUACAGCCUCUGCUGGAUCGAACCAAAGCUCUGGUGUUCCACCUUUCAGUGCCGAGCAAUGGGCAUCUCUUGCCUCACUUCUGGAGCGUCAAAAGCAGGCCCCGAUACCGGACAAGUUGAAUGGACCGUUUUACGAGGACUCUGAUUGGAGCCGGUGAAGUGAAAGAUGGUGUUUAUGUUUAUCGAGAUGUGACAGUUCGGAGAGGUCAUCGAGUCAAGGCGUCAGAGGAUCA